CUUCAGUGACGACACGACAUCAGGGAACCUCCUUAAUUAGCGAAUUUCUGUUCCAGUUCUGGCUCUCCUUCUCCUCUCCAAGUGCUUUUUCUCACAGAUGAUGUCCUGACCUUUAUUUCCAAACAAACUCACGCUGCGGUUUGAUAAAGAGACAUGGAUCAGAAAGAAUCAACGACUCUGCAAAAACUGAGUUCUUUCAGUAUCACGAGUCUAUUGCUUCCGUCUAAGAGUGAUAAACACGAUACGACUCAUCCAGAGAAGAGCACACUGCAGAAGGUCACCGACCCGAACCCCUCUCCGGAGCCGGUGGAGAUGGAGCCCGACUCGGGGAAACUCAAAGAUGCAGAAGAAGCCGACAAACCCGCGAAGCUCGACAAACCCCCGUUCAGCUACAACGCGCUGAUCAUGAUGGCAAUCAGGCAAAGCCCGGAGAAGAGACUCACGCUGAACGGAAUCUACGAGUUCAUCACGAAAAACUUCCCAUUUUACCGGGAACACAAGCAGGGCUGGCAGAACUCCAUCCGGCACAAUCUGAGCCUCAAUAAAUGCUUCGUUAAAGUGCCGAGACAUUACGACGACCCUGGGAAGGGCAACUACUGGAUGCUGGACCCCUCGAGCGAUGAUGUGUUUAUCGGGGGAACCACGGGGAAACUCCGGAGGCGCUCGGCGACUUCCAGAGGGAAACUGGCGAUUAAGCGAGGACUUCGGUUUUCCCCAUUGGGACUGGGAAUAAACGAGACAGUGAAUAAUCCUCUGUACUGGCAAAUAUCGCCUUUAUUGUCUUUACACCAUCCACAUUACAACGGAACGUCGCACGGAUUUCUGAAUCAAGGUCAUUACGGUUCUUUCGGUCCUGGGAUUGAGCCCGCGACUCGGCCCGGUUUCGGCAUGAGCUCGGCUCCCGGCGGGAUACUGUCGGGGUUCCUGCACACUCCUCCGGGCCUCCAGCAGAACUCCUUCAGCUCUCAGCAGACUUUACUCUCAGACUCCCUCAGGACAUCGCUCUCCUCCUUCUGCGGCGGCGCACCUGCAGGCUCGGCCCGCCUGGACAGGCUCUCCCCGGACUCACUCUGAGGGAUGCGCUGAAACUAUAAUCACGGAAGCUUGUUUCCGCUGUUGUGCCGAAUUUCGACCCCCGACAAAUUAUUACCGAAAGGGGUAAUCCUCGCGACUCUUCAUCGCACAAUUCUGACUUUUUUUUCUUGCAAUUGCGAGUUUAAGCCGUACUUUUAAAAAUAAAGGUUCAAAAAGGGAGUUUUCCAAGCGAUGCCAUACCAUUUUGGGUUCCUCAAAGAUCCUUUCAGUGAACAGUUCUUAAAUGAAACAUCUUAAUAAGAGUAUUCUAAUAAUCUAAAGAACCUUUAGUGGAACGGAAAGGUUCCAUGUGAAAUGUUCUUCUUGGAAGUAUCGAUACCAUUUAAGAACCUUUAUUUUUAACACUGUAUUCUGAGUUGUUUUUCACCAUUAGCUCUGAGAUAUAAACUCGGAAGUGCGAGGGGAAAAGUCAGAAGUGUGAGAUAAAAACUAUAAUCCGUUGCGAAAACAAGCUUCAAUACAGACUAAAUGCUUCCAUGCAAUUCACGAUCAUUGUUGAGCUGUUUUUAUAUGUUUCGAAAGCGCGUGCUUUCUAACCUUUUGGUGGAAAAAUAGCCAAAAUAAUGCGAUUAUUUAUAACACUAGAGUGUUCGAAGUCGAGUUAAUUUAUAUUUUAUUUCUUAGAUGUAUUUGAUGUCCUUGUAUCCAUUCAUGAUCCAUUAUGAUCCAUCUACAGACCUGAGUCCAGGCCUGUGUUGGUGUGUCGGGUCUCAACAGUGAUGAACUGCGAGUCUGAGUCCCACACCAAGACUUUCGUUUUUCUCAGGUCCCAGAUACAGUCUGCUACACACUCAUGUGGAAUAUGGGAUGUAUGAUUAUGUGGAGCUCACCGAGGCAUGCAUGCAUGUCAAACAGUGUUUAAUCUAGGGAUGUUAGCACUUCUUUUACGUGUAGUCUAGGCCCUAGGCCCACUUUACUCGUGUUUUUCUGAUAAAUGAAACUUAAGGAGAACCUCGGACCACUAGACCAGUCUGCACUCAGCUUGUUAAAUAUUACAUUACAUAUAAAUCUUAUAGCUACAAAUUAAACACAAGUUGCAUGAAUAAAUGAUUUUCAAGCUUACGAAAAACAAACGAAUUAACAUUUAAAAUGUAGCCUAUAUAUUAGGAAUAAAUAGAUAGCUAAACGAAUAGCCUAUAGGCUAAAAACACAAUCCACUUUAUUUUAACAAAAAAGAAACUCUCACAAUUCUAACCUGAUAUCAUGAAAUGUGUCUCUUGUUUAUCUUGCAAUUUGUACGCGGAAAUGAGUUUUUGCGUGUUUAUGAUGAUAGCCUGCAUGUAGAAGUUAUAGGCCUAUCCAUAAAGUGCGUGUAUGCACGCUAAAACUGCGUUUCAUAUGCACGGAAAAACUCGUUUUCGCGAAUAAAUUGCACGCCGUGCUAGAGACGCAUUUCACAGAUGAGGCUGACAUUACUAUGCAAACAACUAAAGCACUUUAUGGCGUCCAUUGGUCUGAGGCUCGGGUUAGUUUACGGAAGUUUUUGUGUUUUAGUUUUCUGAAAACAGGCCGCUAAUGUAACAGUGACUCUAUCAGGAUGCUCAGGUCUGGAAUCAGCUGAAUCGGUGGCAUUAUCACUCCUCCUUCCACUGUUGCUUUAAAGUUUUGCACUUUUAAAAAAAAAGAUAUUCUUCAUUAGCGCUAGAGAAGAAAAACGCUUUUGUAUUUAAAAAAUGAAGAAUUUGUACUAAAUUAAUAAACAAUAAAUGUUUGUUUCUUGGA